CAGCAUAUGCACGCUGUAGCUAUAAUAUUGCCUGCAGUCUUAAUCUUGGAAACUAAGCUUCCGAUUCGAUGUGAUGCAAUCAGUUUUGUUUGGAUAACUCGCUGUUUUCAGCUCCUGCAGACGCCGUUCAUCAAAAAGCUCAUGAUCAUUAGACUUGGUUCAGUAAUCAAAUCGUCUUAACACUAAUGCAGUCGUUGUAAACGCGAUGGUGAAGGUUGUUUUUGUUCACCCUGACUUGGGAAUCGGCGGAGCAGAGCGACUGGUGGUGGAUGCGGCUCUCGCUUUGCAGGCCCGGGGACACUCGGUCAAGUUGUUCACGGCCCAUCACGAUCCUGGACAUUGCUUCAAGGAAACCAGUGAUGGCACAUUGGAUGUCACAGCUGUGGGUGACUGGUUACCGAGGAGUUUCUGUGGUCGAUGCUAUGCCCUGUGUGCCUACAUCAGGAUGAUAUACGUCGCUCUCUACCUAGUGCUUUUCAGCGGGCAGCAGUAUGAUGUUGUCUUCUGCGACCAGAUCUCGGCGUGCAUUCCUUUCCUGAAGAUGAGAAGAAAAUCAAAGGUUUUGUUCUACUGUCACUUCCCAGACCAGCUCUUGACCCAACGCUUGACCUUCCUGAAGCGUCUGUAUCGAGCACCCAUCGACUGGCUGGAGGAGAGGACAACAGGAAUGGCUCACUGUGUCCUGGUCAACAGCAGCUUCACAGCCAAGACAUUUGCCAAGACAUUCCCAUCGUUGGGUCACAUCCAGCCUGAUGUCCUCUACCCAUCCCUCAAUUUCUCUGCCUUUGACAGCCCAGUAGAAGCCCCCAAGGAUCUCCUGCCCCCAAACGUUGACAUUCUCUUCUUGUCCAUCAAUCGCUUUGAAAGGAAGAAAAACUUGGGAUUGGCCAUUGAGGCUCUCGGAAAGUUACUUGAAAAACUACCUCAUGAGGAUAGAAAGCGUGUGCAUCUGGUCAUGGCUGGAGGUUAUGAUGAACGCGUAACAGAGAAUCGCGAGCACUACUUGGAGUUACGCCAGCUAGCAGACAGGCUCCACCUGGAUGAUCUUGUCACCUUCAAGCGGUCCUUCAGUGACACUGAGAAGCUGAGCCUCCUCAGCAGCUGUGCUUGCCUGCUCUACACCCCUAGCAAUGAGCACUUUGGCAUCGUGCCCAUUGAAGCCAUGUACGCAAGCCGGCCCGUUGUGGCAGUCAACAGCGGCGGACCGCUGGAGACCAUUGUGGACAAACAGACAGGGUUUUUGUGCAAGCCCGACCCAGAGACCUUUGCACUGGCCAUGAAGGAGUUCGUCACCAAGAAGGAUCUGACCAAGAAGUUUGGCAAGGCUGGCCGUGCUAGGGUUGUCAGUAACUUUUCCUUUAAGGCAUUUGGCAAUAAGCUGGACAGAAUUGUUAGAAAGCUUCGCAAAUUAUAGCCGUUAUGAACAAUUGGCUCCACUCCUUAAUGUACAUCAAGGUAUUUGGUGACCUUAGCAGUACCAUUUGAAAAUGAGCUCUGUCAGGAUUGUUGGCAUUUCACUUACUGAAUUAUGAAAUCAGCUUUGGAUAAACUUUGUCACAAUCCUCAAUUUAAACUCAUUCAGGUUUGCAGCUCUAAAUCUGUAAACAAUGUGUUACUAGCAUCACAGUGCUUUGCAGGAACUACCGAGGAAAGAAAAUCAACAUGCCAACUGGAAUUAGCUUUAUUAUUUGCAAGAGAGAUGUUUGCCUAUUGCCUAAGUUAAAUGAAAAAUUCAAAUUGGAACAAUUAAAGAGUACUAAAAAAAAUGGC